GAAGUCCCCGGGUAGGAGGAGGUACCCCUAGGCUCCGACGGCGGAUGCUGUGCCACUGCCACUGCUGCCUGCCUGCUGCUGCUGCUGCUGCAGCUUGUCUCAGGCUUCAGUGUUGAACAUGGAACGGUGAGUGUUGGACGUCAAUAUUUACCACGUCCCGCAUAUUAUCCAUUCAUGCCUUUUCUAUCGCCGUUGAAAUGUUCCUUAUAAGGAAAGCCUUCGCCGUUUCCCAAGGCUCCGUGGGACCUAGAGCAAAGUAAUGAUUCGCAAUGUCUUAGAACUCGAUAGCAGGCAGUUUUCGUUAUAGAUAACUAUUCCACAGUUCCAGUGAAUCGAUGAGUGUUGAGUACGCUACCGUUAGCGCUUUCUUCUGUGAGCCCGUUUGCAAACCAAAGGCCAUGGCCUAUGCUCCCUACAUUAUAUACUGAGUUCAUGCAAAUUCGAUAAAAAGCAGAGCAAGAAGGGAACCAAAUUACUCCAGCAUAAAUAUAUGGGAGAAAGGAAGCUCCUAAGAUCAUAUUUCCAUGCUGAAAACCGUGCACCAUACCGAGAGCAGUGAAAAGGACACCUUAUUUACAGCAAAUGAAGACUAUUCGUCGGACAUGAAAAUAAAUGCCCACUCCUUUGCGGGAAAGGAAACACAGUGCAACAUUAGCAAAGACGUUAUAUUUUCUAUAAACGAGAUUUAGACAAUCAGAGAGGCAUAACUGAUUACAGAAAUGGCUCGUCCUCUUAAGUUGAAUAGUGAGGUAUAGAAGGCAAAUUAACGGAGGAGGAAGUGGUCGAUUUUGUGUUAAUCAGAAAAUAUUUUAUCAGAAUAUUUUCACUUUGGUCACAUCAUCAUGAAUAUAUAUCGAAUCUCUUUAGUUAGUUAAUAAUACUGGAAAUUUGUUUUUCUAAAGGGCUAUUUAGAUCUAACGAUAUCACUCACUAGUAACUUGCCCACAGUUCUGGGAACACAAUUGAGGGAUAUAACCCCAAUGCCAUUGUGGUUGACACGCACUUCCAUCUGGACAGAAACCUGGAAACUAUCUCGAAACUAUGCAAGGAGAGGGCGUUGGGGGGAGGUUAGCGACCUGGGUUGCAGGUGUCCUUGGAGUGUGGGCUGGUUUGGCAGCCCUGGGCUCACUAGUUGCUGCCAUUAUGUUUCCCCAGUGGGCAUUAGUCAGGGAGCCCAUAGUUUUAGCAGAGAGUCCAAGUCGCUCUAUAGACUUUGCAGAAGACGGAUUAAAAGAGAAUGAUCACACGCAAGCUCUGCAACCCAUUGUGACAACCGUUACAUUCAGACUGGGUCUAUGGACAGCUUGCCCGCACAUCAACACUACAAACCUUCAGUUAUUGGUUGGCUCGCCCCCCUGCAGUGGCGUAAGGUAUUCGUGGGAGCACAUAACUCAUCAGGACCUGAGCCUUCCAGCACCUGCCCCUCUAGUACAAACUGUUGUAGCCAGAAUGAGGUUAUCUACGCCUUUCAUGAUGCUCUCGUGUUGUUUGCUGGCUAUCGGGACUUUGCUCGCGGUCGUUGGAAGAUGUUGCUACGCUCACGCGUCCCUUGUGGCAGCUCUCAUGUACUCGCUAGGAGAACAGAAAGGUUCCAUGUUGGCUGAUCAGGAGGUUGAAUGUGACACAGAGAAUGUAGAAAUUUUGAUUGGAGCUGAUUAUUUCGACCAUUUUGUUUACAGUUUAGAAACGUGUUCGAGCAUUGCUUCUUGA